AUGAAUAAGCUCAAGUCUUUGUUCAAGCACGACAAGGAGGAUACUCACUCUAGCACCAAUGCGUCGUCUGCUAGUACUGGAAUUGCAAGUUCCCACGACAAUCAAAGAGUUGCAUCAAGCAACCAGCCAGCCUCUUACGACAACCAGGCAGCUUCACAUGGCAGUUAUUCAACUCCUUCUAGCCAGCAGCCAAUCUCUUCUAGCAACCAACCAGGUUACUCUGGUGGUCAACAGGGUUAUGCAGGCGGCCAACAAGGUUAUUCUGGUGGUCAGCAGCUACCAACCGACAGUUCCUUCCCGGACAACAAUGCACCAUCGACUGGAGCAGAGUAUGCCGACAAUGCACAAGGUGUUGUCAUGCACACUACCCUCGGCGAUAUCACUAUUGCUUUGUUCUCACAGCAAACUCCAAAAACAUGCAAGAACUUCGCAACCUUAGCAGCAACAGGCAAAUACGAUGGUGUCAUCUUCCACCGUAUUAUCCCAGGCUUUAUGAUUCAAGGAGGUGAUCCAGACGGCACCGGCCGUGGUGGUCGUUCUAUUUUUGGCGGCAAAUUCGAGGACGAGUUCGUGUCUGAGCUCAGACACACUGGCAAGGGCAUUCUCAGCAUGGCAAACUCGGGACCAAAUACUAAUGGCUCACAAUUCUUCAUCUGCUUGGCAGCAACUCCACAUCUUGACGGCAAGCAUACUGUCUUCGGACAAGUAGCUGAUGGCCUUGAUGUUGUUGAUGCUCUUGGCGCUGUCCGAACUGGUGCACAGGACCGACCAGUACAGGAGGUCAAGAUCUUGAGGUGUGAUGUCUUCUAA